AAAAUUCAAAGACUCAUAGAGGCAGGUGGUGAAUGUAACUUGGACCCAGCCUCAUCCUCCAUUUAUCUUACCUCCCCUCAUCCUUGCCCUUGCUCCCCAAAAUGCCUGCUUGCUUCAACAUGGGAUCAACCUGCCUCCCAUAUUGUAGCUGAGAGGUUGGUAAUUAGUAGUGGCAGUAGGCAGUCAGUAGCAGCUCAGUGCUGCUUCAUUACUGUCUCAAGUAGUCUACUAAGAGUGCUGCUACUGGAGCUCCUUGACAGCUACUUGGGAGCUCCUCUAGAGGGUCCCAAUUUACUGAUGCUGUCACUGCUCAAGCACCGAC